AUGUGCGUUGAUGAGGCAGCACUGAUGGGCACUGAUAGGCAGCACUAAAGGGCACUGAGAGGCAGUACUAAUGAGAAGGGAUGGAAGGUCUCAGAGGCAGACUGACAACUCAUGGGGCCUCCGGGCAAUAGGGGAUCAUGGGGCCCCUGUGUCCUCGCCCACACUCAAACAACACCCAAAAAAGCCUAUGAAAGGUACCAGAGGCAGCUCAUGGGGCACCCUACUGACCCCUAGCCCUCAGGCAGUGCCCGAGUGCCUGAAUGGUCAGUCUGCUCCUGGAAGGUCUAACUGAUGAGGUGACCACUGUGAUUGGCU